UUUUUGUAUUCGUAGAAUUGGAAAGUUUGUGGGAUCAAAAUCUGCUCCUGUUUUUUGUUAUAUAUUUUUAUUAGAAAUUUGUAAAAAUUCUUUGGUUGAAAAAUAUUAAGCUAUUCACAAAGAUAAAAUAUUUUAAAUUAGCUUGAACGUACACAUAUAUAGAUAAAAGUUUGGUUUCGGAGCUGAAAAAGUAAGCACAAGAAAAACAAUAACCUUUGCAACAUACGAAUCAUCAGCAAAGGAAGUGAAAUUAAAAAAAUAUAGCUAUUUUCGAAAGCGAAAUAGCGCAAUAAGAAACAGGAGCAAUCGCUUCAAAUCAGUACCAAAUGAUCAGAGAAGCAGCGAAGUAUCGUAAAUAGAAGAAACCAAAAAACGUCAUAAGUUGUCAUCGCUCUACGUUUUGCGUUAUUCUUCCACUCCCAUUCUUAAAUUCCUACUGGUCAUAGAAGGCAGACGACCUAAUCAUUCAUCCAGUAUUCGUUCGACAGAAAUUUUGGACGGUAAUACUAGUAAUAUUUCGUGAAAAGCUAACAUAGCUUAAAUAAAAUCUAAAUUUCAUUGUAAAUGUAAAAAAUCGAAUAGUGCAAAUAAUACUGAAACGUUAAUGCAAGGAAAACUAAAAUUGUGUAAAGGUGAACAUAUUACGAGUGGAAAAGAAAGAAAGUAGUAAAGAGCAGCUAUAGAAGAAGGGGCAAACCCAAAAGUGCAACCGAACACAUAUGCAGAUUGGUCGCUAUUGACAGCAAUAGUUACAAUAGCAAAUUAAACACAAAUUGUACAGAAAUUCAUCGUCGUGGUAUUUCCUAUCCUACUUGUACUCCAACACACAAAAGCUCCUGCUGUGUUCGCUAUACUCCUCCUUAUGUGGUUUUACGUGUCAUCGCCAAUAUAGGCCUAGUAAGAAAAAAAUAAAAAUAUAAUUAAGCGCAGUACCAAAGUUAUCAUUCGAGCAAGUAGCACACCAAACAGACGGUGUCUCGUGACAUUGUUCAGCUGAGACUUAGCGCGACUGGGCCAAACGGAGAAACUUCUACAUUAACCGCAACAACAAUUUAGUGUUCGCAAAAAGGAAAACAGCAGUCAGACUGCAAGCAAUCAAAUACUUAACUACGUAUUCUACCUAUAAGGCUCAGCUUGCUUUGGAGCACUAUCUAAAAACAAAAUCUACAACUCGACAAAAGCAAAAAAGUAAAACUAAAAAAAUAAUAAUAAAAACUAGCAUUUUACGCAAAAACGCAAAGCCAUAAAAGUUUAAGAAAAAGUACAUAAAGAAAGCAAAAAAACUAAGCGUAGCGAAAACAAUCAAAAUGCGAAAACAAAAGGAAGACAUGCAAGUGAAUGUCGCUGGUCUACGUCGGAACAUCAAAAAUCUUGCGCACAACUACUCAGAUGCGCAGGUGAAAGUACGUGAGGCCACCUCCAACGAUCCGUGGGGGCCAUCGGCCACGAUAAUGGCCGAAAUCGCCGAUCUCACCUACAAUGUGGUUGCCUUCUCGGAGAUAAUGCAAAUGAUUUGGAAGCGUCUGAAUGAUCAUGGCAAGAACUGGCGUCAUGUCUACAAAGCGCUCAUACUGUUGGAGUAUUUAAUCAAAACCGGCACAGAGAAGGUGGCGCAACAGUGCAAAGAGAAUAUUUUCGCCAUACAAACACUGCGUGAGUUCGUGUAUUUUGAAGAGGGUAAAGAUCAGGGCACGCAUGUGCGCGAAAAGGCUAAGCAGCUGGUGAAUUUAUUGAAAGACGAUGAGCGUUUGAAGAAUGAGCGCGUGAAAGCUUUGAAGGCGAAAGAACGUUUCGCUCAACAUCCCAGUGGUUUUGGUAGUGAUGGUUACAUUGAUGGACCGACACAUCGUGAUAUGCCGCCCGGCUGGCAGGAGGAACCGAAGCCGGUGUCCGAACUUGAGCUGGUGCGUCCACAAACAGCGGGCGAAGAGGAGCUUCAAUUGCAGUUGGCCAUGGCGAUGUCGCGCGAAGAAGCCGAACAGGAAGAGGCUAAGCGACGCAGCGAUGAUGUGCGACUACAGCUUGCGCUGAGCCAGAGCGAACAAGAUUUCAAAGAUCAAACGGUUCCAGCUGCGGCGCCUAAAAAGGAAGAACCACAAUCACAUCUGUUAGAUUUGCUGGACAUUUCUUUGGGUGCGACGAGUAUUUCGAGUCCACCAUUGGGCGCCACAGGCGGCAGUGGCGAUCCAUGGGCCACACCGGCACGAGCUGCCAGUCAGCUAUCUGAUCCUUGGUCGGGCACAUCAUCGCCACAAAUCGAUCCUUGGCAACCGGCCGCAGCUAUGCGUACCGCCAUCGCUCCAGCGCCGUUGGGCGCCGUCGGCGGUAUAGGCAGUAAUGGUGAUGAUGCCUGGGGUCUAACACGCACACAAUCGCCGUCCGUCGCUUCUGGCUCGUCGACUGAGGGUUGGCUGCACAGCAAUGGCGCUGGAAUUGCUGGUGCGGCUGGUGGCGCAGCGAUUUUGAAUGGCAACUCCAUUGGUGGCGGUGCUAUUGGUGGCCUAGACCCUUGGCUUUCGAAAACGGGCGCUAUUGGUGGUGCAGCUGCAGCGGAGAGGGUGGAACCAACAGAUCCUUGGCUGACGGAAAGUGUGAAACCAGUUACUAUGGCACCACUAGGGGCUGCGCCUAAUGUCGACCCGUGGGCGCCCAAAGCCGGCGCGACCAGUGAUGACCCUUGGAAGAGUAAUCAAACGAAUGCGGUUAAGAAGCCUUCGCCCGAUUUGGAUGAGUUCGAUAUAAUAACCAAUCGUAAUAAGGCUGGCGAUUUACUAACUAACAACUUGAUAAGUGCUUCGAACAACAAUAACGCAUCACUACUCGAUGAAAUGGAUCCUCUGUCUGCAACGAAUUCAUCGCUCAAUGCAUCAUCAACGAAUACGAACAAACAACUGAAAACACCGCAAUCGUUCUUAGGUGAAAACUCGUCAUUAGUUAACUUGGAUAAUCUAAUAAAGCCCGUGCAAACACAGUCACAAGCUGGCAAUGCUGCCUACAAUCCAUUUAGCGAUACUGUUAUACCACCAAAAACAAAUCUAUUCCAACAACAACAGCCUGCGGUACCGUCCAUUAACCAGCUAAAACAGCAACAGCCUUUUGCUAUGACUAUGAAUCAGGAUCCUUGGGCGCCGGUAGCUAACUCCACUAAUGCGUCUCAGUCCUCCAGAAACUUCUUUACUGAUUACGAUAGCGACGACUUUACAAGUUUUAAUAGCAGCAAUGAGCAUAAUCACAAUGACAUACUGAACAACAGUAAUAAUAGUAAUAACAAACAAACCAACAACAACUAUAACAAUAACAAUAAACAAGCUAUGCAAUACUCCAAAAGUGAUUAUGAUGUCUUCAACUCUUCGUUUGCCAGCUCAAGCGACUUUUUUAUUUAUCCCAAUAACAACAACAAUAAUUGCAAUACUAAAAGUCAACAUGAUGGACCACACCAAUUCCAAACACAAGUACAAAUUCAUAGUCAAAGUGUAGAUAAUAUACGUAAUAUGCAAAUUGCCAGCGACAGCGACACCGAACUGCAUGAGAAAGCCUCAACCACUACGCUACGCAGCUUCCAAGGCAACGUCAACAACAAUACGCUGCGCUUUCAGUCGACACUCGCACCCACCACCACUCAAUUUCAGCCUUUUGCUGACUUCACCAACGCAAUUAAGCCCGAUUUUCCGAGUGCCAAUACUAAUUUUAAUACUAAUAACAUCAACAACAACAAUAAUCCUUUAUCGAAUUACGCAUUUGGCCAGCCACCGGCCGACAGUGCAAAUGACAAAUAUCCAGCAGCGUCGUUGACGUCAAGCUACAGCAAUGCCUUGACAGCUGCUCUGGCCGACACGCCGGGCAUUAAAAUAGCGCCGGUAUCGAUGCUGCCCACGUCAGCUACAACAAUGCAAACAACAUUUGGUUAUGCCGCCGGUUUUGGCAACAGCUUUGAUAACAAUGGCGGCGCCGGCGGUGCUGGCGGUGGCUCGCUGUUCAAUUAUGGCUUCUUCGAUGCGAAUUCUUCAAUGAACCACAACCACAACAACAACAACUUUGGAAAUAAUAUCGAUAACAAUAAUGCAAUAUUUUCGACGUCAACCUUAUCAUCGUUGAGCAACUGUAAGCUGGAAAACAACAAUAAUAUGCCUUGGAUGAACCCGGAAGCAGCAUCGUCGUCGAAUCCAUUCUUAUCGUAAAGUAGUUUUUUAAAUGCGGAAAUUUAUAUAGGGCGGGUUAUAAAACAGCGUGUGCGAGUUAGAGGAAUAAAGAGUUCUUUUUUUUAUAUAGACAUAUUUACGCAUAAAAGAGAGAAAAACUAAAACAAACAAAAAAAAAAAAACAAUAAUGAUAGUAAGAAGUAUAAAUUUAAUAUAAGUAUUAUAAUUGUAAUAAAUGUUUGAAAAGCGGACAGGACAGUUGUAAUUGAGCGUGUUAACAAAGUGAGAGAGAAAGUCAAACGAGCAGAGAGCGCGCAACAAACUGUUGUGUGCGCAUGCGCGCGUGUGUGCGUAUGGUUGUAGCGCCCAAAAAUUAAAAUUUCCAAGCACUUCAAAGGCAAUGCAUGUUAAAUGUAAAAAAGAUAUGCGCAUUUGCAACCACAUACACAUGGGCGCAUUGCGCUCUUCAAUACGUUGCAUAAGCAGCAGAUCAAUUAAAAACAAAGAAAUUAACUAAAACCACACACACUCACACACAGACACCUAGAAUUAUAUAAACGUAAGAAAUUAAGCUGUUACGGUAUGCGAAACGAUUGUGUAAACACAGAUUCUACAAUAUUUUAUUUCAAAUCCAAUAGAAAUUUUAAUUGUUUUGUUUAAAUAUUUUAUUCGUUGUAAAUUUUCGACAAUUUUCUCCUGCAAUUUUUAACAAAAGCGUUAUGUAUACAAAAAUAUUUUUAUAUAAACACAACACAAACACAUGUAUGAAAAGGAACACUAUGAACAAUGCUAUGUUGCAAUUUGCUAAGCGCCAGAGAAAUUAUGUUUGUUGUAAUACUGUUGUAUGCGUUCAAUCAAUAAUGACAGCUAACGAUGUGUACCACUUACAUACAUAUAUACCUAUAUAUUAUAUUUACAAAAUACUAAACCAAAAGAAUGCGUUAGCAGCCAGGCUAAAUUAAGAAAGCGAAUCAAAAUUAUUAAAAUGUGCAAGAAAUAGCCUACAAAAUGUUUAUUACUUACUUACAAGCUUAUUAUUACUAUUUAGUGACUUUUAUUUAGCUGGUAGCAGGUAUCAACGAUUAUGUGACAUAAUACCAUUUGCGCUACUAACUGUUUUAUUUCAUGUUUAACUACAUCUCAUACAAGCGCUAUGAUUUUGUUUCAUUUCAUAAAAUUUACAAAAACAAAUAUGCGUGUUGUGUAAAAUUUGUUUAAAAAAACAACAAUAUUUGAGCAAAUUUAUUGGGUUUUACAAUUAUUUUUACUGCUCUUGCAUAUUGAUUUUUAGAAUUGUAAAUAUUUACACUUGCAAAUAUUUUUUAUUUAUUGGCUGAGCAUUGUAGUGUUGUUGUUGUAGCGGAGCGUACUAUUUUUGGUUAAAGUUUGUUGUAAUAUACAUAUGAUUUCCAUGGCGCUAUUAUGCAACCGAAGUCGAAGUAUUCAAGCGAAUAUCACAAAGGAUUUUGUUGUUUUAGUAACAAAAAUUAGUUUUCCAACAAAUUUUGCACAUAUUGUUAGCGUCUAUAUGACCGACACGGACCAGUUAGCAAUAUACACCUAACUACAACGAUUUAGUUGUUGUAGCGACAAAAAAUACUCUCCAAAUAACCAUGAGGUUAUUCGAGAUGCUAUCGAACAGACAAGCUUUGGCCUGAUAAAAAUCAGAGUCCAUUCCGGUUGCAAACGAUUAUCGUUGGAACGUGCCUUAGUUUUUCAAUUAACUUCUGCUAUAACUAUUUGCCAAAGUUUGAAAAUCGCAAAUCGAAAAAACAACUGGUAUAAAUCAAUAGAGUGUAUAAUCAACUGAAAAUGGCACAUUUAGUACGUGGUAAUACCCCCUUAAAUAUGCUACGAGUAUACAUGAGCUAAUAAUGGCUCAUGCAAGUUUAUGGCGCUCUUAUCUAAAGAAGCUUCCACACAUUGCGGAACAUUUUGAAAAGUGUUCAAUCAUUAGUAGUAGUGCAAGCUUCUUCUGCUUUUUUCUGGAUGUUUUUGGUCUUCUUCCUCGGUAUCAUACGUACUGGAUUAUAUUUGUUGUUUUUGUCUAAAGUCUCAUUGAAUGCUCCUAACAAUUUCCAAAGAAGGUUUUCAAUUUCUCGACUUCAAGUAACUAAUAGUUUCAGGUCUGCUAUUGGAAUUUAACUGAUCCAAACAAAGAGUGAUAAAAAUUUCGAAGAAAUUUCAGCUCCAACAGACAAUAACGUAUAAGUAAGCGCUUUACUGUACAGAAAACAAGUUUUUUUUAUUUGAAAUAUACAUUCCGGGGUUACCAUAUGUUUCGUUUAUUUAAUAAUUAAUUCCACAAAUUCAACUGUAAUUCUAAAGGCAAAUGUUGAUCAAAGUAUUGGUCAGAAUAAAAAAUAGAAACAGCGUGGAAGCAGUGCAGUUAUAUAGAAUAUAUUGAGUUGCUCAACCAUACCGAUUUCGCUUACUUCCACUAUAAUGCUCACCUUUAUUAAAGCAUAAAAAUAACACUGCUGUCGCAAGAAUAUUUGCUCCAAACACACGACAUUAAAUUGACAUUUGAAAUAGGCCGGCGGAAAUGGUAAACUAUACAACACUCAAGCUUAGCAGCAAUAUAAAACAACAAAAACGAUAAGAAAAUCAACUAAACUAAUAUAAUUUCUUAUUUAUUUAGAACUUACAAAUAUAUACAAAACCAAAAAAAUUUUAUAAAAACCUAA